CUAUUUCAGAUGGAUGAGACAGAUUAUAUGCAAAACAUCACCAUUCAAUACUGUUUUCCUUACAUUAACUCUUCUUGCAGAAAGGAGGUGCGAACAGGCCCUGGGAAUUUAUUUUUGUUUGUUUUUCUCUCUUGUGUAUCUGUGUUCACUGUGUUUCUGAACCUGCUGGUGAUCAUCUCCAUCUCUCACUUCAAGCAGCUCCACACUCCAACCAACCUGCUCGUCCUCUCUCUGGCUGUGGCGGAUCUUCUCGUGGGACUGUUUGUUAUGCCUGUGAAUGUAAUAGGAUUCAUAGACUCCUGUUGGUAUUUUGGAAAAAUAGGAUGUUCUAUUUUUCCACUGAUCACUUUUAUCUCAAUGUCAGCAUCUCUCUGUAGCCUGAUUUUCAUUGCAGUUGACCAGUACAUUGCUGUCUGUGACCCUCUGCUUUAUUCCACCAGAGUCACAGUUUGUAAAACCUCAUUGUUAAUCAUUCUGGGCUGGUCUUUAUGUCUGCUUUAUGUCACCAUGUAUUUGUACUUUAAUGAUCAUCUCUUUCAAUCUCAGAUAUUCACUAGAUGUGAUGGGGAGUGUGUCCUGGUCCAAAAAUAUUCCUGGGUGAUGAUUGACCUAGUGUUUUCCUUUCUGACCCCUUGCUCUAUUAUACUGGUCAUGUAUGCAAUCAUUUUUAACGUGGCGCGACGUCAAGCUAGAGCUGUUAGAGCUGUGGUAAAUGCUGCCUCACAUAAACUUGGAGUUAAAGUUUCAAGCUCUUCUGAUACCAAAGCAGCAAAAAAAAUAGGCACUGUAAUUUUUGUUUAUCUUGCUUGUUGGAUACCAUUUUAUGUAACUUCUCUUUCAGUUAAAAAUGUCUCAUCCCUAUCAAUAGUGUGGACUGUGUUUGGCUGGCUACAACUUAUUAACUCAUCUGUGAAUCCAUUAAUGUAUGCCAUUUUCUAUUCAUGGUUUAGAGCAUCAACUACGUAUAUUAUAACUGGCAGAAUAUUUGAAAACUCAUCUUCAAGAUUUAAUUUGUUUCCAGAGAAUUUUUAA